AUGGCCGCACAAAUGACGACCUCGAGCAUUGCCAUGGCCCUUGCUGGCAAGACAGCCUCUGUUGAUAUCCCCAAGCCUCGUUCGGCCUUCGCAGGCGAUGGCAACUCCUCUCACCCAGGGCAUCCUGCCUUAUUGCCCACUCCCCCUAAUUCCAUCUCUCCAAAUCUACCCCCUCAAGCCUUCAAACAACGGGACAACAACCUCCCUGGCUCUCCCCCCUUCGCCACAUCGCACUUGGAUUCCGAUAUCGAUCUGGGAGAUGCCGCAGAUCAUGCAGUCUCUCGGGGACCUCUCCUCUCGCCCAGCGAGAUGGAUGGCGCAGGAGCCAUUACCCCGGAGAUGUUGGCCAAAUACCAUCUACCUGAGAUUAUGCUACAGCAUGGCCCACUUGCGAUCCGUCACGUCAUGGGCUACCUGACCACGUCGGUACCCGGCUUCUCCAGGAUUGCCCCAGCUAAAGCACGCAGGCUGGUCGUGGCUGCAUUAGAGAGCCAAGUGGCCGUCGGUGACAAAAGGAAUGGCGCUGAAGGUGAGGUCAUCUUCGAGAAAGUGGGAUGGGGCCGUUGGGAUGGGCGACGACGCGGUCAGCCGUUGCGGGAUACGCAGCACGCGAACAUGUCGCCACCCUCCAGCCUACCAAACUCCUUCCCACCCAACGGCGUACAUAUUCCGAGGAAGAGGGAGAGUUUGCAGCCGUACGGCUCGAGUGCGACAGGCGACUCUGCCAUCUUCUCGUACACCGAAAGGGACUACGGCGGACAUGAGGAUAUCAGCAUGUUGGAACAUGAAGCGGACAAGAUGUCUCUUGAUGGAGAUGCUUGUGCAUACUGUUCGUCUUCCGAGGCUCCAGACGAUGAGAUUCGGGACGAAGACUGGGGCGAAGAAGACAUCACAGACGAAGAGGACUGGGCGCAGAUAGGCGCGGCAGCGCUCCGUGCACGAUCACUCAACGGAGGGGGCGGUUUUGUACAUGGGAAUCAUCGGUCCCCCCAACUCCGAGGCGGCGGGCCUUCCUCAUCCUCGCUGGCGAAGUCUGCGCCGCGCAAGGUCCCCAUUCAACAACUGGGAUUCUCUCUUCCCGAUGGCAUGGUGAACGACGGGGAAGAGCGCGCGGCGGUCGAGGCUUUACUACGACUUGGGUCUAUGUGA